GGGCGAACCGAGUAUGCUGCGUUGCACGUGGGGAAGUGGGGGGCGGAUUUGGCGCUCGGGCGUUGGGGGAUCCCGGGGCUUAGGGCUCUUUCGGAGCUGGUGCGCGCCGGGAGCGCCCUGCCCCGUGCGCUCUUGGAGCUGGGGCGCAAGCCGCGGGCAUAGCGCGGAGAAGACCCCUUGGCGAUGGGAGGUGGCGGCGGCAGCAGCAGCCCGGGGGGUGCACAACUCAUUCCCGUUGGAUGCCCGCGUGCCCCGGGACGUCUUGCUUUUCCAGCACGAACGGGGCCGCUUUUUCCGCAUCCUGGGCCUUUUCUGCGCCGGCCAGUUCCUGUUCUGGGCCUAUUUGGCGCACUUCGCUUUCCACUCCCUGCGCGACACCGGCGCGAAGCGGCCAGAAUCGGAUUCCCAGCAAGGGGGCCGGCCCCUGCCUACCCUUCCGGGUGGAGCUACGCUCAACCUCGGCUCUAACAAGUGGCGUUUUGGCUUCACCACCUCUUGCCUGACCGUGGGUUCUCUGAUCUUGGUGGCAGGCUACAUUUUUUCACGUCGCUCUGUAAGCCGAGUCUUACUGCACCGUGGUGGCCAGGAAGUGACUCUCACUACCUAUUAUCCCUUUGGGCUGACCUCAUCCUUCACUGUACCCCUGCGCCAGAUCUCCUGCAUGUCUCAUCGUUCUGAGGUGCCAGCAAUGAUCCCCCUCAAGAUCAAGGGGAGGCCUUUCUAUUUCCUAUUGGACAAGCAAGGGCGGAUCACCAACUCCAAUCUUUUUGAUAUCACAGUGGGCGCCUAUCGUAAACUGUAAGGCCAAAAUGUGCAAUUUUACAGAAGAAAAGCGUGCAGGAAAGCCUUCUGCAGCACUGGGCUGCUGCAGUGAUUAAGAAAGAUGGAGGAGAUACAGUCCAUCCCUGAUUUAUGUAUUAAAUCCAUUCUGUUGAGGGACUAGUGGAAUCUCCCACCAGCAUCUAAAGAAAGCUCUUCAACCACUGUUCUGUCCCCAAGAAAAGACUUAGAUUUACGAGGAGUCUGGGAACUGAGCCAGUCAAGGAUAGCUGAAAUUGUACUGGACCCUGGUUGUUCACUUUGCAAGAUAAAAAUGCAGAAAACUCCAACUGAUAUAUUAGUUUCUUUCCUAUACAAGCAUGUCUUUCUCUCACAGACAUAUCCAGAAUGUGAUCUUUGGGAUAAAAGAGGGACGUACGGCAGAAAACAUACGUUUUUAUGCCUUACUAGUAGGAAUUCUAUGACAGCUGCACAAUUAUUAGAAUAUUGGGGAAGGGGAUGGAAUGGGGAGAAACAUCCCAAUUGAUUCAAAAUCAAAAAGAGUCCAGUAGCACCUUUAAGAGUAACCAACUUUAAAGGUGCUACUGGACUCUUUUUGAUUUUGCUGCUACAGACUAACACGGCUAACUCCUCUGCAAUUGAUUCAAGACUCUGGUGUGUCUGACAUUAGGGUUGUCAUACUUAUUUCUUGUACUUGUGCCUUUAACACCUUGUAGUAGAAACUCGCUGUAUUUCUUCAUAUACGGGGAGAAUUUUGCCUAUGGGGUUUCUGAAGCUGUUUAAAGGCGUGGGGGGUGGGGGGGUUAGUGGCAACAGUUUCUUCUGCUCCUUCUGUGCUGCCUCUUUGGCUUUCAGGCCUUGUGUCAGAGCAGAAGCCUCAGAUUCCCUUGUAACUGCUGUUGCCAUGGAAACUUCCACUGGGGACAGGAGUUAGGAGUCAAGGAGACCCUUGCAAAGGGGCCUGGGAGAAGGAAGCCUAAAAGAGAGAUGGAGGGGGAAACAGUGGUAAGUUGGUGCUAUGCUGCCCACUAAUUUGGUGAGGAAGAGGCUUGCGUUGGAGAGACAACAGCAGCUCCAUUCCCUUCUGUUAAUUUCUAAAUGAUACUGGGAUUCAACCCUUCUAGAAAGACCCAUUCUCUGAUUUUUCUCUCCUUUUCUCCCUCCCCUCUCAGUCCUGUUACACGCAAACACGUGUCCUGAACUGCUUCUAGGCCAGACUCAGAAAAGAAACAGAGUCCAGUGAUAAGGGUAAAAAUUACUGGUUUAUUCGAAUAGACGGAAGAGAGUAGCUAGAGAGUGUAAAGCCCCUCAGAACCCAAACUCAGGGUUUCAAAACCAUUACAUGAACUUUUAUCACGUUUGGCUCAUUAGCAGAAAUUACGCAUUCAAUAAGUUACUGGUCAAGUUAGUUACGUGUACAUAUGACCUAACGUCAUUCCAUUGGUUUGGCAUAAUUAGGGGUUGUCCCCUUACUCAAUUAACACUUGCAAAAGUUGUUUAUCGUUUCAAAGAACGAACAGUCCUUUUCUGGCACCUGUAGUAUCAAUAAAGUAACUAUCCGUUA